CUCAAGCAAGCGAGCAAGCUUAAGCCCCACCUCCUAGCAACAUGGAGACGGCCUACGUUGUCGUUCUGUCGUUCUUCUUCAUCGUUGCUAUCCACCGCCUUCUCAACCGCGGCGAAAGCAAGAAUAUGAGCAAGCAGCCGCUGCCACCGGGCCCUCGCGCCAUCCCGGUUCUCGGCCACUUACACCUCCUCGAGAAGCCGUACCACCUGGCGUUUAUGCGCCUCGCCGCGCGCUACGGGCCUGUGUUCUCCCUCCAGCUGGGCUCGCGCGCCGCCGUGGUCGUGUCCACCGCGGACUGCGCCAGGGAGUGCCUCGCAGAGCACGACGCGACGUUCGCGAACCGGCCGACCUACCCCACGCUGCACCUGAUGACCUACGGCGGCGCCACGAUCGGCCACAGCGCCUACGGCGCGCACUGGCGCCACGUCCGCCGCGUCGUAUCGUUGCACCUCCUGUCCCCGCAACGCGUGCUGUCCUCCAUGGUCCCCACCAUCACCGCGGAGGUGCGCGCCAUGGCGCGGAGGAUGUACCGCGCCGCCGCGGGCGGUGCCGCGAGGAUCGAGCUCAAGGGGAGGCUGCUCGAGCUCUCCCUCAGCACCCUGAUGGAGACCAUCGCGCAGACCAAGACGUACCGUCCCGCGGACGACGCGGACACGGACAUGUCGCCGGAGACCCAGGAGUUCAAGCAGCUGUUGGACGCUAUCAUCUCGCUUCUCGGGCUGACCAACGUGUUGGAAUUCCUGCCGGUGCUACAGACGUUCGACGUUUUGGGACUGAAGAAGAAGAUCGCGGCGGCGGCGGGCAGAAGGGACGCGUUCUUCCAGCGGCUCAUUGACGCGGAGCGGCGCAGGCUGGACGACGGCGUGGAGGGCCAGAAGAAGAGCAUGCUGGCCGUCCUGCUCGCUCUGCAGAAGUCGGAACCGGAGAAUUACACGGACGAGAAGAUCAUGGCUCUAUGCUUCUCCAUGUUCAUUGCCGGAACGGACUCCACGGCGACGGCGAUGGAAUGGGCCAUGUCGCUGCUGCUGAACCACCCCGAGGUCUUGAAGAAAGCGCGGGAGGAAAUCGACGCGCACGUGGGCAGCUCCCGGCUGCUGGGAGCGGACGACGUGCCGAGCCUCGGCUACCUCCACUGCGUCCUCAACGAGACGCUCCGGCUGUACCCGGUGGGGCCGACGCUGAUCCCGCACGAGUCCACGGCGGACUGCACGGUCGGCGGCUACCGCGUGCCGAGCGGCACGAUGCUGCUCGUCAACGUGUACGCCAUCCACAGGGACCCGGCGACGUGGCCGGACCCUGACGUCUUCCGGCCCGAGCGGUUCGAGGACGGCGGCGGCAGCGCCGAAGGGAGGCUCCUGAUACCGUUCGGGAUGGGGCGGCGCAAGUGCCCCGGAGAGACCAUGGCGCUGCAGAUCAUGGGGCUGGCCCUGGGGACCAUGAUCCAGUGCUUCGACUGGGGCGCGGUCGGAGGCGGAGGCGCUCCCAAAGUUGACAUGACCCAAGGCGGCGGGCUCACUCUCCCGCGGGCCGUUCCGCUGGAGGCCAUGUGCAAACCGCGCCAAGUCAUGCUUGAUGUCCUCCAGAAGCUGUGACACAAUCUACGUACGUACUCUGAGCGCACUACUGAAGAAAGUUGAUGAGUAUCAUCAUCAAAAGUUGUUGCCUUGCUAUCGUUAUUAAUUCGUAGGGCUAUAUGUAUUUGUGCUCCUUCCGUCGCUUCUAGAAACACCGUACCUGAAUAUCACAGCUAGUAAUAAUCAAAUAAGAUACCUUUUCCAGUUAUAUAAGAUGCAUGCAUGCAUCCAUGUAAGUGCCGCUUUCCUUUAAUUUGUCAGGAUAUGAUGACCGAAUAUAUCACAUGCAUAUAAUUUUCCAAUGCAAGCGUGACUUGGGGCAUCACGAUUCACGCGACACGCGCGGCACGGAAGCAAGGACCAAAAUUAUUAUAUCGUCAUGAUCUGGUGGAAAACUGUGGCCGUUCACGCUGCACGUUGACACGCAACUCGACUUCUCGGCGACUUGCCGGUGGUCGGCCCAGUGGCGAAGUUAGAGCAAUAACGUCGAAGAAAAAAAAACAGGGUGAGAAAGAAGACGGAGUAGUAUUACGUAAUGGAUGUGUAUAUAAGAUAAAAAUUACUUAUUAUUC